AUGCAAGGGCGGGGCGGCGCUGCCCAGGAGGAAAAGAAGGGCGGCCCUAGCGACGCCGACGUAGAGCCCAGUGGCCUCAACGGUGGUCUGCAGGGAGAUGCGGUGAACCUCGACGGUGUCGCAUCACCACCCGACGAGGGGCCAGCAAUGCCACAGGUCAUCGUUGACCCCACAAAGGACUUGUGGCAGAACAUCGUACUCAACACGAGGGAGAACCAGAUGACACAGACCGAGGUAAAUGUCCUGAUUGUGGGAACCUCCGGUGGUGGGAAAACUAGCGUUCUGCGUCGCCUCUUCGCCGGCAUGAACACCGCCAGCUCCUCCGUUCCCAAGAGUUCUCUCAAGGUGAAGCCCACCACCGCGCUGGAUUACUCCUUUGCCAGGCGUAGUGACCGACACAUCCCACAGGUGGCGCAUUUCUGGGAGUUGGCGCAGGGCAUGGAGCUGUCGCAGCUUUGUGACGUGGUUGUUACCCCGGAGAAUGUGCACACGAUGCUGCUGGCCAUUGUGGUGGAUUGCUCUGAGCCAUCGACCAUGUGGGACACGGUGGCGUACUGGAUGAAGCGGGUGGACCGACGCGUGGUGGAGAUUUCGCAGAAGAUGCGCGCCAAGGGGUCCACAACGCCGGACAAACUCCUGAGUCGAGCCAAGCGCCUACUGGGCAUGGACCACCCCGACCUUGGCCGCCUGCGCCUCUCCGGGAUCCCAACCAUUAUUAUCUGCAACAAAUUAGAUGCGUUCGACGGGGACAUGACGAUGCUAAAGACAUUGGUGGGCUGCAUGCGUUUUAUCGCACAUAUUUACGGCGCCUACUUGAUAUUUACAUCUGAUGCGGACGCAACAAAGCUCCGCGCGGUAAUGAAUCAUCUCCUUUUCGUCUCAAACUUUGAUUUAAAGCACGUUGAGUUGGACCCUGAACGCGGUCCUGUUCUUGUCAUUCCAAGCGCCGACACCUUCGCCGACAUUGGCGAUCCGCCAGUGUGCGACAUGGGGAGUUUUCAGUCCACUGGGGACGCGGAACUUGACCGCUGGAAGGCGCCGUUGGAUGCCUUGUUUUCGGCGAAGCAGUCAGGGAGGCGGAUGCAGAACGACUCAUUCCUGAAGCGUCUGUAUGACACGGGCGAAAACGGGUUUGGGGAGCCAACCAUUGAUGCCGUGCAAAAGCAGAAGGAAGACGAGCUGGAGCAGUACAGGAAGGGAGCCUUCAGGCGGGAUAAGAGCAACAAGGAAGACCGAGGCAAGUCUAAGGAAAAAAAAGAGAAGGGAUGA